AUGUCGUCGAACGCUGUUCACGAGUAUCUCUCGCUUCCCUCUUCGGCCCGGGUCGACUCGCCCAAACAGUCGGAGCAGUGGAUUGAUGCGAUGCUCUCUGGCGGUCUUUCCGUGCUGGGAUCUGUCAGCGAUUCGAUACGUUCCAAGCUCGCCACGGCUGUGCUGACUGAUGUCGCUACUGCAUCAGGUAUGCGCCAGGGCGACUACCUUCUGAACGCCAGGUCUGACGUGCGCUGGAACUCUGCCCUUCGACUUUCCGCCCUGAACCUUCUCAAGGAGCUCAGCCGAUUACCUGGUGGAAGUGCACCCUUGGCCAAGCCAGAAGCCCUGCGCAUCCUCUUGCAGCAGGUCGAUUUCCCAAAGCAGCGUGUCCGAAGGUCUUCGAUUACUGCCAGCACCAGCACCGCCAAAACGACAGGCUCCCCAGCUGCCACUUCCACGGCAUCUUCCCCGACCUCUUCGAACAAUGCCGCUACCUAUAGCCUCGGUUCGAUUGCAAAGAGCUUGCGGCGUGCUGUCAACCGGCGUGGCUCUCAGCGCUCCGAUCGCCGCCCGUCCAAAGAUAAGGACAUUCCAUCUUCGGAUAGCGGCGGAGAAGACUACGAAACGAGCGCUGACCCUGACUGGCCCAUCACAGAUAUGGCCUUGCGCUGUCUCAACAACGCGCUCUUCCUCAACGAAGCCGCUCGACUUCCGUUUUCCAGCGAAGACGUGGGCGGGGGCCACGUCGCGGUUGCGCUCCUCUCGCGGCCUCAAGACACGCCCGCCGACAUCCUCUUCCUCGGCGCGCGGCUUUUGUUCUUCAGCACGCUCUUCGAAUCGCCUUUCAACAAGACGGCAGUAACCACGUUGAAAGCUGUCCGCAUUGAGGCUGCUUGCGUCGAUGCGCUUGUCAUGGCCAUGCUCGAGAAGGCUUCCAAUCGUAGUGCUGCUUCCUCGGUUCUGAUCGCCAGUGGGAGCGAAGCGCAGCUGAAUAUGGCGCUCUCAGAUCUGCUCAAAGCCCAUUUCAAUAUCUGCCUCUACUACCCGCGAAUCGUUCAAGCCGAGGCAAAGCAGAAUCAGUCGACGGGAGCCGCCGCAGCAUCGACAUCGACACCUCCACAGAGCAAGUCGCAGCGGCCCAUCCUUGGCGAGGGAUUCGAUCCGGAGCUGCUCGGAAUGCUGCAUCCGCUCAUUUCUGUCGUGACUAUGCUUCCCUUGCCUUCGCCAGUUCCGUUGAUGCCGCCUUUCACACACGCCAUCGCUGACUUGCUCAACUACCCUGUCGCCGACGUCAAGAGGGAAAUCCUUGGUGACAAAAGAAGCGUAUCUUCGGGCUCCUUGCCCACGUUCACGGCCCCGGUCUCGCCCUUGUCCACCCAAGCGUUUCAGUCUGCACCACCCUACAUCGCUCGCCUGAUCACAUUUGCCGACGUCAUGUUGGCGCGCUAUUUCGCUGCCGCUUCAACCAACGACGACGGCAGACGCGUGCCCGAGGACGUCGAUGCCAAGACAGUCAAGCAGAAAGCCAGUGCUGACGGCAUCGAUCUGGAAGAUACGCUCGAGCCUCUGCUGCUCUUGCUCCGAAAGACGGCCGCUGAGGACGAUACUCUUCGAUCUACGCUGGCUUCCAUUCUCUUGCCUGCCGAUCUCGACCGCAGUCUCGCCAUCGACCGACGCCUGGACGUGCUGGGAAGACUGGUGCGGCUCAUGUCGUCCGUGACGCUUUCUCGGCCAGCACGUGCCUCUGGCGAGCUGUUGCUUUCCCUCUGCAACGGCGAUGCCAAGCAGAUGACCGAGGUGAUCGGCUACGGCCCCUGUGCAGGGUUCCUCAUGAACACGGGUCUUGCGUCUGCUUUGCCGUCCGGUGUUGCGCCUGCAGACUCGAACGGAAGGACAGUCGAUCCCAUCACGGGCGAGUACGAGCCGACCGAGGAAGAAAAGGCCAUGGACGAGAUCAACCGCAUGACGGAGGAGGAGAAGGAAGCCGAAGCAGAACGACUCUUUGUGCUAUUUGACCGCAUGAACAAGACCGGCGUCAUGCAGGUGCGACACCCCAUGGCGGCUGCACAUGAGUCGGGUCGAUUCGAGGAGAUUGAUGCCAAGGCAGAGGCAGACGAGAAGGCGAGGCUGGAGAAAGAGGAUGAGGAGGCAGAGAGGGAGGUGGAGAGGGAGAUGGCUGCGCAUAGGAAGAGGAAGGAGGAGGCCAAGGUGCGGGCACACAAGCUCGUGUCGCAGCAGCAGCAGCAGAAACAGCAGCCUGGGUCAGCUGCACGUACCGAGAAUGUGAAGUAG